CUUCAUUCAAGAAGAUCAUCAACGAAAGCGAAAUGAACUACGCUUUUCUAAAAAUCUUGCUGAUACCUUGGUUUUUGCCUGCAUCGGCUAACAUCAUCCGCAGAAAGCGAUGCGACUGCAUGCAAACUCAAGUUCUCUGUUCCUGUCAACCAAUUCAAUUCCAAAUAAUGCAAUGUGCAUGUCAAAGUCAACCCGUAUAUCCUAGCUGCGGAUGCAUAUCCACCCAGAUGCGUCCCAUUCGCAUAAGUGCUUCACAUUGCCAACCUGCUUGUGCUCAAAGUUGUGCUCAACAAUGUGCCAUUUCUUCAUAUGGCACUUGCCAACAGACCUGCCAAUACUCUUGUCAGACUUCCUGCGCUCCUGCUCCUCCUCCACCUCCUCCUCCGCCACCGCCUCAACCUGUCGUCUUGCAGUGUACACCAUCCUGCCAGAGCACUUGUCAACAAUCUUGUGCUCCAUAUCAGCCCACAGCUAUCUGUGUGACUGAGUGUCAAAACCAAUGCGCUUCCGCUUGCGCCCAACCUCCUCCUGUCAUCACGGUUCAGCAAUGUCAACCUGCUUGUCUGCAACAGUGUCAGAGCGGAUGUCCAAGCUAUAUGUCCUCCACCUCCUGUUCAGAUCAGUGCCAAACUCAGUGCACCAGCAUGUGCUCCUCAUCCGAAAUUCUUCCACCCAUCACCUAUGACUCACAAUGUAUUCCAGCCUGUCAGCCAUCAUGCUCCUCUUCCUGCAUUCAAAGAAACACGCCCCAGGAAGUACUACCAUGCAUGCCACAAUGUCAGAUGCAGUGUCAGGAGUCAUGUGUCUCUCAGCAAGAUACAGCCAUUGCUCCUUGCUUUGACACCUGUCAAGACCAAUGCUCUGAGACAUGUACUACCGAACCAGAGCAACCUGCACCAGCGACAGAAUGUGCACAGGCUUGUAUGCCCUCAUGUGAACCGACUUGCGUGGCUCAGCAGCCCAUCUGUGUACGACAGUGCCAGCAGCAAUGUGUCCAGCAGAACAUGCAAUGCCAGCAAUGUCAGUCCGCCUGUCUCACGCAACCGCAACCGCAAGUCGUGAAAGUAACAAUGGAGUUGAGCAUUUCCCAGUCCAGCAAUUGCCAAUCACAAUGUCAAUCUAGCUGUACCAGUCAGUGCACUCAACAGGAUGUGUCAUUGUCAUCCUGUCAGCCAGCAUGUGUGCAGAAGUGUGAAGAGACUUGCAACAUUCAGCCAGUGGUAAUCAACUGCCAGUCGGGCUCAAGCAGUUGUCAAUGCCAGAGCGGAUAUGUUCCCUGCUAUAGGAAAAAGAGAUGCUGCCUUCGUAUACGUAUCUAACCUCAUCAAUUUCGUGUAUGUAAAUAUACGGAUCAGAGAUCUUUGUUUCGUUUUCGUUGAUGUUCUCCUGUUUUGUUUUCAAUCAUAUGCCUUAGUUCUUUCCAGUUUCGAACGCAAAGGUUGUAGGUGCAAAUGUUUUUGGACAAUAUUUCACCUUCAGCGUACAUGUAAAGUAUAAAUGGAUUUG